CCCGCCCAGCGCCGCCGCCGGCUCGGCCAUGGCGGAGCGCUCCGGCGCUCAGGCCGGGUUUGGCCGCCCCGCGCCGCUGCCGCAGACCGGCUGGGAGCGGCUCAGCGAGCUCUGGCGGCUCGACGAGCAGCAGCACUACCCAGAGGAGACGGUGAACAUCGCCAAGUCGGCGUUCGCGGCGGGCGUGGUGGGCUGGGUGUACGGGGGGCUGCCCGCCUUCGUCAGGGCCCGCAAGGCCUUCAUCGAGAGCAGCCACGGCGAGCUCUUCCAGAACCACGCCGAUGCCGUGCAAUCUGCACACCGUGCUGGUCUCCGGAGUUUCAUCCGCUACGGCUGGCGCUGGAGCUGGAGGGUCACGGCUUUCACCACGAUAUUCAACGUGGUGAGCACGGGCCUGUCAGUGUACCGCGAUAAAACCACCAUCAGUAAUUUUGCUGCAGCAGGAGCCUUCACUGGAUCCCUUUUCAGAAUGCACUUGGGCCUGCAGGGCCUGGCAGGUGGCAUCGUGUUCGGAACGGCGUUUGGGAUCCCUGCAGGAGGCCUCCUAAUGGCAAUGUAUGGCUUGGCUGGCGAGACCUUGCAGGAGAAGAGGAGUCGUGAGCGCAGGGAGCUGUACGAACAGAGGCUGGCAGAGUGGCAAUCCAGGCUCAGUGUGACUGAAGUCUUAGGCCAAACAGAAAACAAUGCCCAGGGAAGACCAGAGAUGGAGAGAGCAAGAGAACUGAAGAGCUACUGAGUCUUUCCCAGAUCUCUGUUGUAAGAAGCUACAAAGCAUUUUGAUCCUGCUUGUAAAAGCCUUCCCUGAAGGGAUCAUGGAAGUCGUCUGUGAACACAGUUGUAUCCUGUGAAAAAGUGUUUUGCUGAAAACAUUGUUCAGGGAUGGAUAUCACUGCACAAAGAGCUUGGAAUGGCCAAACCUGUUCCACCUGAGAAGGUGGAAAUACAGACUUUACAGGAAGUGUCAUCUAGGUUUGGCAGGGAGUGAGGGCUCCAGAGCCUCAUCUAGAACUCAUUUCACUGCUGAAAAUGUCCAAACCACCAGCGAUGUAGAAAUCCUCAAGGUAAAGGAGCCUAUGAAUUGUGUGCUAAAGGUGCCCUGAUUCCAAAAGUUAAUUAUGCCCUGGUGAAAGCAGCUCUUCAGACAGUGCCUGAAGAACUUGCUGACAGUGGCUUCUUACUUGGUUCCUUGGGGUAUUUUGCAGUCAGUGUGGAGGAGGGGUGGAGGAGCUGGGAAUUAUAUAGACAUACCCUGAAAAAGGCAUGGUUUGGGUCCCUCAACAGAGGUCUGACUUGCUUCUGGUGGUGAUGGUGGAAGACUUGGCACUGUGGACAGUUUUAACAAUAAAAAAGCCUCUAAUUUCAUUUGAAAGUUGGAAAUUAGGGGAUAACCUCUGGGGGAAGUGUGGUUUAAGACGCCCAAUAAAGCCAUCUAGCAGUGG